UUGAAAUUGUCAUCAAAAUCAUAUACAACAGCGUUUUCCGUUUCGUUUUGUUUGAUUCGGUUUCUUUGAUAUUGUUUUUGUUUGUAAAAUAACAAAAUGAUCAAAACAGAACCUUGGGUUGGUGGAACUGAAGAAGAAUAUGAAACUCAACAUUUCGGCUUCGGUGCGCAGCGAUUAAAAAUAGCAGUGCGUCAAAUGGUUGAACAAAAGAUAACCACAGGGAUGAAAGAAAUGGAAUCAUCUCUAAAAAAAUCAUGGGAUCUCAAUCACACUGACCAAAUGACUAUAAAACAUUCUUGUGAUAAACUGAUAAAGUUGUAUUGUGAGAGGGCUGGACCUUCCUUGGAUAAUAUAGAUGCAGAAAUAGAACGUACUUUGAAGAUACCUAGUAACGUUCUUCUCCCUGGUGAUGAAGUUCAGCAUCAAGAUAUGGCAGGUGUAGACUACGAUAGUCUAAAAAAAGAAGUGGCUGCUUUGAGAAGACGCGUCGAGAGAGGUGCUCUAAUGGAAGCAAUAUUGUUAGCUGAGGAAGAAGAAUUAGCGUCUGUGGAAAAAGUUUGUGAAACUGCCAAUAAAGACAUGGAAGUACUAGAUUUACUACACAAGAGUAUUGAAUCCAGUGGUAAUAUCAAAUCAAUCCAAAAUGAUACUCAGUUUUUGUGUGCAAGUGUGCCAUUUAUGAAAAAAUCUGAUGACAGUAAGUUUAUUGAGGAUUAGCAGUCUAUAAUUGCUUUAUAUUUCACUUAAAAUGCAAGAAGAGUAAUAUAAAGAUGAACAAUUAUGAGUGUCCAUAUACUAUUUGUUUUAUCCACUUACAAAGAGGUUAUUCCUUAACCUUUCAGCUCUGUACUUGUAGCUCUACUGGUCUCUUGAAAUCUCACACCAAGACAUAAAAUCCCAUGGUACAUUUUGAACUCUAUUUUCAUGUGGUUAUAGAGACUAUUUUUUAAGAAGUUUUAUGAUUUCUGUAAAUAUAAGUGCCAAUUUUCAUACAACUUCCCAAAGAACAGGUUAAGAGAUCAGAAAUCCUGUUUCGGGACUGAUGAAUCUCAUACUAACAAUUAUUUUUUGUUUUAACUAGCUAUGCUUCUACUUAGCUUCAUCUAUAAAUUAUUUGAGAUUCCUUAUAGUGUAAAGGUUGUUUGUGAUUGUGGCCAUAAUUUUUAAGUGUUAAAAAAAACUGGUAUGUACUUGUAACACAUUACAAAAUAAACUCUGCGGCUUUAUUAAGAGUUUUGUUUAUAUGCAUAUAAAAUGUUUGUAAUAUUUUAAAUGUUUGGAAAAUCUUGUAUGUGGUCUAUCCAAGUGCUGAGCACUAAAGGUUGGUAGAUACUGUGUUACCAAUUUUGUGAGAGUGUGUAAUGAAAAUAAAUGAUUUGAUUGAGUUGUACUUGUAUAGGUAUUAUUAAGAGCUGCAGUUAUUACAUAAUUUAAAAAAUAAUGUCAUAUGGGCUGGCAUGAAAUCAAAUAUCUUUCAAGGCUGUUAGAAAUGCUAUCAAAUCCACAUAUAAAAUAAACAAAUCAAUGAAACAUUCAGAA